AUGGCCGAUAACGGCAGCUCGAGAAAGGCAACUUGUUGCAGCAAGAACUCGUCUUCGACGGAGAGACUAGGCGUGGAGUUUGUCCUGCCAAUCACCUCAGUCGCGAAAAUGGAAGCCUGUCCAUCGGAGACCACGUCGACUUCGAGGGCAGUGACCAGCAUCGGUGAUGUGCAGUCGUUCAGUCGAAUGCCAAGUCAGCGUAGACGGAGGCUGUGGACACUGGCGGCGCGAGCUGCCGCAAGAAGGGAAAACUUCUCCCAUGAGAAGGAGCCGCUGUCUGCUUGUAGUGGAGUCUUGAAGAACCACGCGGAAACCUCGACUCAGAGCUCCAGCUUCUUGAAGCCGGGCACCGUGAGGACCCAAGACUCGGGAAUAUCCUCCAUGGACUACGUCACAAGCCGCGAUGCUAAUAGUCCCAAUUCCGAGGAGGCUGGAUUUCGACAGAGAGCCAGUCUCUCACUGACGGCUUCUGAGCACUCCCAGGCCGUGUCGACACAGCCGCAUUCACAAACACCCCGGCCACAGACUGAUGCUGCGCGGCUUCACUGCCCAACACUAUCGACGGCUGUACGAACGAAGAUUGUCGUUUCCGGUGAAUGCGAAGGCGACGACACCCACCCUGGCUCUACGCUGCGUUAUGCCAACCAUUGCACAAGCUACGUCCCGGAUUGGGCCAGGCGGAAUUGGUCCAGCGCGCCUCGGCCGUUGAUUUCCCGUCAGCGCAGCAGUCUAGAAGUGGGUUAUGACCCUGCGCCUGACUGGGCGGCGUCAAUGGAGACCCUUAACAUGCAGAGCUCACUCUAUCAGCAGAACCGACGCCUAUUUUACGGCCGUUAUGGACGAGCCUCGUGCCCCAAAACCCCGACGUAUUACGACCAUCCUAACCCCCCAGUGACCACAAUUCACAUGGAAGAAGAAGAAGGUGAGGGGGAGACAGAACCAUCCAUGGACAAUCCCAGCGUCACUGGUGAUGUGGACCAUCUUCGCAGGCGAAGAUUCGAUACCCUGCCUCAACCCUGCUGGUGUGAACGCCCACCACCGCCCCACACGCACACCUGCUCCUUUCGACCACCUCCGCUUGCCUGCCGAACAGGCUCCUCCAUGCUCAGCCCCUUUUUUCAUUGCAGCGCCUGCCCCUAUCGAACCCUCGAACCAGCAUACUUUAUGCCUCCCUAUCAGUGUGACCUGCCUCAACGCCAUAUUCGGCGUCGGAUGCUCAAACGGAUGUCUUCGGAGCCCACACCGCCGACGUGGAUGUCCGAGGAGGGCUCGACCCCGCCGAAACGCCGAGCUCCACCUCCCCAACCUCCGGAGUUUGCGUCACCACCGCCGUUGCCAAGAAGAGCCGCAAAAUCGGAAGCCUCGCAGUACGGGUACACGGAACAGCGGAUUAUUAGCUCAACACCGAAGACGGAUAUCUUGAUUCUUGAGCCUGAUUCCUGUGGAUCGGCCGCCUGGGGACGACGACCUCCGAUGCUUCAAGAAGGCCUGAGGCGAGGCUGCUCCGUCGACGAGGCAUAUUACUCACCUCGGUGGGGUCGCCAGUCCUCUUUCGUUAGUGAUCCCCUGGCAGAAGGGUACAGACCUACGCGAAGACCAAUGACUGCCUCCUACCCGAUGACUCAUGUCUACGACCAGGGAGAUCCCAGAGAUUGGUACACAUGCUCGCGGAGAAGAGGAAACGACUCAGCUCCAAGCAGACUUGGCGUGAUGCCUCAUUUCUAUAAUCCAAAUUUUCCCGGUUCUUCGUCAGUACUACGUGAGUCAAUGGUAUUUUCCUAA